UUUGCAUUGCGAAGCGGAGCACCCAGAACGGGAAUAGGCUAAUUUCCGGCGUCGUUUUUCGAGUUUCAGUGUCGACUGAUUCAGUUGGGACGCAGCUCGUUGUUGAGGAAGCAACGUGGAAUCGUCAUCUUUCGUCUUUCCUGUCAGGAUAACUUGCUGAGAGCUGGAGAGUGGGAGCGGGUAAGGAGACGGAUGUGAAGACUGUGGGGUCGGUAAUAUGGGAACAACCGUGGCCGCAACUUCUCUGGCGAAGGACUACGAUUUACCGUGGGUUGAGAAGUACCGACCUCACAGAGUUGCUGACAUUGUUGGGAACCAGGAUGUGGUCGCCCGCCUCCAGGUCAUUGCGCAGGGCGGCAACAUGCCCAAUCUCAUCUUCUCUGGCCCCCCUGGCACUGGUAAGACAACAAGUAUUCUUGCUCUGGCACACGAACUUUUAGGUCCCAACUUCAAAGAAGCUGUCCUGGAGCUUAACGCCUCCGAUGACAGAGGGAUUGAUGUAGUCCGCAACAAGAUCAAAAUGUUUGCUCAGAAGAAAGUGACAUUGCCGCCGGGACGUCACAAAGUUGUUCUUUUGGAUGAGGCCGACAGCAUGACAGCUGGUGCCCAGCAGGCUCUACGAAGGACUAUGGAAAUUUAUUCCAACACAACUCGAUUUGCUUUGGCUUGUAAUUUAUCGUCAAAGAUUAUCGAACCUAUUCAAAGUCGAUGUGCCAUAGUUCGUUUCUCCAGAUUGUCAGACUCUGAAAUUCUAGACCGUCUUCUUCGAGUUGUCGAAGCAGAGAAGGUGCCUUAUGUGCCAGAGGGGCUAGAGGCAGUUGUGUUCACUGCGGAUGGAGAUAUGCGGCAAGCCUUAAACAACUUACAAGCGACAUUCAGCGGUUUUCAGUUUGUCAAUCAAGACAAUGUUUUCAGGGUCUGUGAUCAGCCGCAUCCUUUAUUAGCUCAACAGAUUAUCAAGCACUGUAUAGCAGGCAACAUUGAUGACGCCUACACAGGAUUGAAGCAGCUCUAUGACAUGGGCUACUCUGCCACUGAUAUUAUCACCACUCUAUUUAGAGUAGUGAAAAAUUAUGAGAUGGUGGAAUUUUUGAAGCUUGAGUUUAUUCGGGAAGUGGGUUUUGCGCACAUGCGUAUAGCAGAUGGAGUGGGAACGCUCUUGCAGCUGUCAGGUCUCUUGGCCAAGCUUUGUAAAGUCAGAGAACGAUGCAAGGCAUAGUGUUCUAUUUUUCUCAUCAUGAACACAACGUACUUUGCCUGGUGCAGGUUUUUCUUCUACCAUUGUCAUCAAGAUUGUGGCCACUGAUUACGAAGCAUUUGUGAGUAUCCAGUUGCACUUGUUUAGAUCCGAAGUUACGUUUUGGAACACUGGUAGUGGCUACUAGUUUUGAAAUGUCGUCACAGAGUGGUAUCCUCAAGACCCAAAGAUAUUCCUCAUCCUCUGGCCUGUAGCCAAGGACAAUGGUCUCUUUCGAUCUUCUCUAGUGUAUAUAUCAGUUUGCUUCACCUAAAUCUCAUUAAUGACUGCGUUUCUGUUGACUUGGGAGAGUAUGUUCGGAUUUGUUCCUUUGGGGGAUUAGACUACGGGCAUGCCGAGGCCUUAAGUUGGAAAUUGAAUUAUUGAGGUUUAAACUACCAACCUCUCAGUAUUGACUUGUCAUCCUUGGCUAUUACAAAAUAAAGUGUUUGAAUGACGAUGACUGAAAACA